AUGACAAUUAUUCUUACAUACCAAAUUUGUAAGACUGAGGCCAAAUAUAAAAGUUCAAAAAUCAGAUUUCCUCAUGAGAGCGAAGAGAUUAUCAACAGACUGAUCAAUGAAUAUCUCAAUACCAGUCAUAUUUACCUGACUAUGUCAGGCAUAAUGGAUGAGAAAUACAGUGAAUUUCCCGGCCUGAAAGCAUUUUUGAGAAAACAGUCUGAUGAAAAACGAGACCAGGCUACCAAAUUAAUGGAUUAUCAGAAUAUGAGAAAUGGUAAAAUCAUUAUUGUUGAUAUUAAGAAAAUUUAUCAGGAAGACUUUGAUAAUCCUCUCGUCCUGAUGGAAAAUAUUUACGGUAUAGAAGGAUACAUAAAAGAUAAUCUUCAGAGUAUGUACCAUGGAGCAUGGAAGCAAAAAGAUUUUGAGCUUUCUUACCUGUUGAUUUCUCAUAUGGAAAACCAGACCAAGUUUCUCAGUGAAAUUGGGAGGAUCAUGCAACAUUUGGAAAAGCAAUCCAUGGAUGUUUUUACAUGUCCAUUUGUUGAAAAAAUGAUGUGUUAG